AUGUCGCGCUCCCCUCGCGCCGCACGCACCGAGGAGGACGCCCCUCCCACGGACUGGCUGGGCGAGCUGCCGCACGAGCUGCACCUCCGCAUCCUCGAGGGCGUCGACGACUUCUCCGACUGCGCCGCCUUCAGCCUCGCGUCGCCGUGCCUCGGCCUCCUCGCCCUGCGCAGCGGCCUGGCGCGCUUCAAGGACCCGCUCUUCGCCGUGGCGAUGCGGCUGCAGAUCGCGCAGCAGUGCGUUGGGUCGGUCGGCACAGUGUCGGUGUCGCUCAGCGAGGACACCCUUCGCAGAUACGCCGCCGACCGCCGUGCCAGCGCCGACCACUUCCCGUGGCUUGCGAGGGUGAGCCCGGCGCUCCGCCUCACGUCGGAAGUGGAGGGCGCUGGAGAGCGCCGAGCCGAGGUCUGGAGGCUGCAGCGCGGCGAGAAUGGCACGAUGCUGCGGUUGCGUCUUUUGCAGAGCGGCCAGGUGAAGCAUUUCAAGGGCGAGCAAGGUGCGGAGCGGCUGGUGCGCGGUGUGUUUCCCAACGGCGGCGUGAAGCAUUUCGAGGGCGAGCGAGGAGCGGAGCGGAAGGUGCGCAUGGAGUUUCCCAACGGCAACGUGCAGCACUACGAGGGCGAGCGGGGUGCGGAGCGGGUGGUGUGCGCGGAGUUUCCCAACGGCAACGUGCAGUACUACGAGGGCGUGAAGGGUGCGGAGCGGAUGGUGCGCGUGGAGUAUGCCAACGGCGAGGUGCAGCUCUUCGAGGGCGAGCAAGGUGCGGAGCGGGUGGUGCGCGCGGUGUUUGCCAACGGUGCCGUUGCGUACUACGAGGGCAAGCUCAUUCACAAUCUGCUCUGCGAUUGCCGUGUGAAGAACGACUGA